CCUCGCUCGGCUGGUGUUGACGCCAUCAGUUGCAACACCUGUAUAGUGCAGUUGUCUUGGUGAACCCUAAGGUCUCCCUUACGCUUGAAUUCAACCUCUACAACCUCAACAAUUUCCUCUGUCGCCUUCGUUGCGUGUUAGGACUCAGCCAGGCGGCCUGAGUCGACCACCGACGAAGGACCUCAGACCGAAGCGAUGUUGCACAUCAACACUCCGACGGCGGUGCAGGCUGUUGGACCAAUAUGAGGCCCCCAAGGUCGAAAGCCGGCGCCUGCACCCGGCCUAGAUCCCUCAGCAUCUGGCGCCGAGGACAGUGAGGGACCAAGCGCAAGCCUCCUGGCGACUAGGCCAGGGUCAGCCACGCGUUUCAAGCUGUUUCCGAGACGAGACUCGAGUGCUCCUGGGCGUCAUGAACAUUGGACGAACGAAGCCAUAUAUGCUCGAUCGUCCCCAAACUCGAUGACUGCGCCCCAGAAUCUGGAAAACACCAGCUGUCUUGAUCUCCCGGCCGUGUCGGCGUCGACAACGACAGUCUUCGCUAGCAUAUUCUCCCUCCGCCAUCGCUUGAUACAUCACCUGCCAAUAUGGAUCAUCUCACGCCAAACACAUCGGAAGCCGCCAGCUUCGCAAAGCAGGACCACCACCACCUCAGACCAAAGCCGCAGACGAGACUGUCCACCCGCAACAAGGUCGUCAUAUGCUCAAUCCUGUUCGUCUCAUGGGCCCUGAUCUUCAUCAGCUUCUCCGGCAGCGCAAACCCGCCACUCCUGGAACCCUCCACCCGCAGAAACCUCCCGGUGCGCCACUUCGCGUGCGGCGAGGCCUUCUUCCCCUCCCCGGAGGCGUGCGGCAUGGGCGGCGAGAGGUGCGUGCCCGACACGAGCGGGGUGUUCGAGUCCAAGACGAUGGGCUUCCGCUGCCCGGCCAACUGCGUGCGGGACGCGCCCCGCGGCGGCGCGCCGCACCUCGCCGGCGACCAGGACGUCACGGCGCGGCCCGUCGUCAUCGGCGGGCCCAUCUACCGCGGCGACUCGGAGAUGUGCGCCGCGGCCGUGCACGCCGGCGUGCUGGAGGACUCCAGGGGCGGCUGCGGCGUGGUCAAGCGCACGGGGCAGACCAACUCGUUCGCGGGCACCGACAUGUACGGCGUCGCGUCGCUGUCUGUCAAGACGUACUUCCCGCUCGCGUUCAACUUCCCCACCACCAACGAGGAGGUCCUCGGCGCGUGCCCCGAGGUCAACGACCGCAGCUGGGCCCUGCCGUGGGUCACGGUUGGGCACACGGUCUUGUUCUUCCAGAUCACGCCUUCGGCGGGUGCCAGGGCUGUCUGGAUCGCCUCGGUCGCUUCGGCCCAUCUGUUCCGGUGGAGGUCCAGCUCGGAGCCGGCAGAGGUGGUGGCGGCGCCUGUCGAGAAGGCGGUCUCGGACUCGGCACCUAUACCGACCAUGUUGGAGCCUGAGGUCUACGGGCAGACCCUCGAUAAUUCUGUUUCCAACAUCACAUUCAAGUGGGCCACGCCUCACCCUGGGGUGGAAGGCAUCAGUAUGCUGGUGGAUGACGUGGAGCGGGACCGUGUGUAUUUCGGCGAUGCGCAUGGGAAGGACAGCUUCUUUUGGAAGAGGGGGCCUCAGGCUUUUGUGGAUUAUAUUCGGUUCGGCUAUGUCAUGGACGGGGCGGUCUUGAAGUAUUCUCCCGCGGGGACGUGGCUGCUCGAUGAUACCUGGACUGGCAUCCCAGCAAAAGCUGCGGCUUCAUAG